AUGGCUAUGGCGAGUUUAUAUCGGAGAUCUCUUCCUUCUCCUCCGGCGAUUGAUUUUUCUUCUGCCGAGGGCAAGCUAAUCUUCAAUGAAGCUCUUCAGAAAGGCACCAUGGAAGGGUUUUUCAGGUUGAUUUCUUAUUUCCAGACGCAAUCCGAACCUGCCUAUUGUGGUUUGGCUAGUCUCUCUGUGGUAUUGAAUGCUCUUUCUAUUGAUCCUGGACGGAAAUGGAAAGGGCCAUGGAGGUGGUUUGAUGAAUCAAUGCUGGAUUGCUGCGAGCCGCUGGAAGUAGUGAAGGAUAAGGGAAUUUCGUUUGGAAAAGUUGUGUGUUUGGCUCAUUGUUCAGGAGCAAAAGUGGAAGCUUUCCGAACAAAUCAGAGCACCAUUGACAAUUUCCGCAAGUUUGUAGUGAAAUGCUCGACUUCUGAUAAUUGCCAUAUGAUCUCUACAUAUCACAGAGGGGUUUUUAAGCAGACUGGGUCUGGUCACUUUUCACCUAUAGGUGGCUAUAAUGCAGAAAGAGACAUGGCUCUGAUUCUUGAUGUUGCCCGUUUCAAGUAUCCUCCUCAUUGGGUUCCUCUUAAUCUUCUUUGGGAAGCCAUGGACAGCAUUGAUCAGUCAACAGGGAAACGUAGAGGGUUCAUGCUCAUAUCUAGACCCCACAGAGAACCUGGAUUGCUCUAUACUCUGAGCUGCAAGGACGAAAGCUGGAUCAGCAUAGCACAGUAUUUGAAGGAAGAAGUUCCUCGUCUUGUAAGUUCACAGAAUGUAGAUUCUGUGGAAAAGAUCUUAUCAGUUGUGUUCAAGUCACUUCCCUCAAACUUCAACCAAUUCAUCAGAUGGGUGGCUGAGGUCAGAAUAACAGAGGACGCAAACCAAAAUCUCAGCCCCGAGGAGAAAUCGAGGCUCAAGUUAAAGCAAGUGGUGCUGAAAGAAGUGCAUGAGACUGAACUGUUCAAACACGUCAGUAAGUUCUUACCCUCUGUGGGUUACGAAGACAGCCUGGCAUAUGCAGCUGCAAAGGCUUGUUGCCAAGGAGCUGAAAUCUUGUCGGGAACCUCAUCAAAAGAGUUCUGCUGUCGGGAAACUUGUGUGCAAUGCGUCAAAGGUCCUGGCGAGGCAGAAGGCACGGUGGUGACUGGAGUUGUGGUGCGUGACGGGAGUGAACAAAAGGUUGAUCUGUUGGUGCCAUCGACUCAAACCAACUGUGAAUGUGGUUCGGAGGAGAAUUAUCCAGCAGGAAACGAUGUGUUCACUGCACUUCUGUUGGCUUUACCUCCACAGACAUGGUCAGGGAUCAAAGACCAAGCUCUUAUGCAGGAAAUGAAGCAGCUCAUUUCCAUGGCUUCCCUCCCAACUAUGCUUCAAGAAGAGGUAUUGCAUCUUCGACGCCAACUUCAGCUGCUAAAACGAUGUCAAGAGAACAAGGAAGAGGAAGAUCUCGCUGCUCCUGCCUUUUGA